UCAUAAUCUAAGGGCAGGUUCCACUUAAUACUUGUUACGAUCGCGAGCAUUCUGUCUUUAUUUAACGUUUAAGAGAAACAAGGAUAGAAUGAUGCUGGCGAUCGUUAAGUGGAACGCACUCUAGAUUGCUGCUCGUCACACCUACCAGCCCUUAUCGUAAUCUACGUUGAUGCAAAGAAGUUUCAUAUUGUAUUUUGUCUUCAAGUUGCUUUUAAUUUGGUUUGUAUUGUUUCAUAUAAAGUGGACAUAUACUCAACAAUGAACGUUGAUACUACGUUGUACACAUUACCAAACAAUCAGCCUAUUGUUGCAUUACAAUGUGAAAAUGUGUUUAAAGCUUUAACGCAAAAGGAGAAACUAUAUGCUCAUUAUUUGAGCCAGGCUGCAUGGAGCGGAGGAUUGAUAGUAUUAAUACAGACAUCACCGGAAUCGCCAUUGAUAUUUGCAUUAUUACAUAAAAUUUAUCUUACGGAACCAAUCAACGAAUUAAAAGAUGCUGUAAUACACGCUAAUGUCACCGAAGAUGAGUUUACUGCUUUCUUAGUCUAUAGUUGUGGAAUAUUUGGAAACGCAGGAAAUUACAAAGCUAUGGGUGAUACUAAAAUUAUUCCAAACCUUUCGAAAGAUGCAUUUGAAAUAAUAAUAAAGACUUCAAAAGCUUAUAAGAAUAAUCCGACAGAGAUACAAAACAUAUGGAACGAUAUAUCAGAAGUCCUUUAUUCGUUAGAUGGAAAACUGAAAUCAUUGGGAAUGGGUGAUAAAGGAAUUACAACGUAUUUUUCUGCAAACUGUACUAAGGAGGAUGCAGAUAAGGUGAAUGCAUUUAUGCAACAUAAAGGAUUGGAAUCUUAUAAUGCCAGAUGUUUCAAAACAACUGUAUGUGAUCAUGCGAGUAAUAAUAACGUCGAUAUGUAUGAAAUACGAUUGGCGUCUGUAGAAACUUCAGAUGAUCCUAAUAUUACUUUAUUCGAGGAAAUAUACGAGAAUACCAGAUUUAAGAUUACAAGAGGUGAUUACGAUCAACUUAUGGUAUUCGUUGUUGAAAAUCUAACAAAAGCCAAGGAAUACGCGUCUAAUCAGAUUGAGGAAAACAUGUUGGAGAAAUAUAUUGAUCAUUUUAAAACUGGAUCUUUAGACAACCAUAAAGAUGGUUCUCGCCUUUGGAUAAAAGAUAAAGGACCUGCUAUCGAAACUUACAUCGGUUUUAUUGAAACGUAUAGAGACCCAGCGGGUCAGAGGGGUGAGUUCGAAGGUUUCGUGGCGAUGGUAAAUAAGGAAAUGUCGGCAAAAUUUGCUAUGUUGGUCAACAAAGCUGAGGAAUUGAUUCCCAGACUUCCAUGGAGCAGUGAUUUCGAGAAAGAUUCAUAUCUUAGACCGGACUUCACCUCUUUGGAUGUUCUGACGUUCGCUGGUUCUUGCAUUCCAUCGGGAAUAAAUAUUCCGAAUUAUGACGAGAUUAGACAGUCCGAGGGUUUUAAAAACGUGUCUCUAGGAAAUGUUAUACCUGCGCAUAUGAAAGACCCGAUACCGUUUCUUUCGGAAGACGAUCAGGCGUUGAUGCAUAAAUACAGGAUAGACAGUUUUGAAGUGCAAGUUGGUUUGCAUGAACUGCUCGGUCACGGUACUGGUAAAUACUUUAGGCAAACGGGACCAGAUACCUACAACUUCGACCGCAACAAAGUGACAAACCCUUUAAAUGGCGAUAGGAUAGAUAUAUUUUUCCAAAAAGGAGAAACUUACGAUUCAAAAUUUGGCACUAUGGGGUCUUCGUAUGAAGAAUGCAGGGCCGAAGCGGUUGGUCUUUACUUGAGCUUAGAGAAGGACGUGUUGGAAAUAUUUGGUCACCAGGAAUCAACGGCAGACGAUAUAAUUUAUGUGAAUUGGUUGUCUCUGUUAUGGGGUGGUUUCGCGAAGGCUUUCGAAAUGUAUCAACCUGAUACGAAGACAUGGUCGCAGGCUCAUGCUCAAGCGCGCUACGUUUUACUUCGAGUUUGUCUGGAGGCGGGUGACAAUUUUGUUAACGUCGUUGAGACUGAAAACGGGAAGAACCUCCGAAUGACUGUCGAUCGAACGAAAAUUUUUACGGUUGGUAAAACGGCUAUUGGGAACUUCCUUGUGAAAUUACAUGUCUAUAAAAGUAUGGGAGACGUCGAGUCAGCCAGGGAACUGUAUGAUAGGUACAGUGAAGUGCCUGAAAACGGGACUUAUCCCUGGGCCCGUUGGAGAGACAUCAUCUUGUCACGUAAAGAACCAAGGAAGAUAUUUGUUCAACCAAAUACAUUUAUUGACGAUUUGAAUCAUGUGAUACUAAAGAAUUACGAAUCGUCGCAUACAGGACUUAUUCAAUCGUGGGUAGAGAGAUUUCCCAAUUUAAAUGCAUCUCAAAUACUGAUAGAACUUUGGAACAGAGAUAAACACCAUUUUAUAUCGACGAAUAAUUGAUCAAAAUUUUUGAAUCCACCCGUGUGUGAAGUAGUUAAAAUGUUAAAAAAUGUGUAUAAGUUUUUAUAUCUGGUUACAUGGUUAUUAAAAUAUUAUCAUAUGUGUCAUAUAAUUGAAAAAA